UUUUCGAGAACAUAUACUGUAUAUAGGUGGCUGACGUGUGGGCCCCGAUCAGCAGAAGAGGGGGCUUUUAUUUAUUUAAUUAAUUAUUUUCUCUCAUCUCGUCUUCUCCGCAACCUUGGAUCGAUCUCACUCGCCUCUCUCUCGAGUCUUCCUUGGACUCGCCGGAGAGAUGGGCGACGCGGCGUCGUCGGCGUCGGCGGCGGAGAUGGUGGGGCGCGCGGUGGGUGAGGUGCGGGAGGCGCUGAACGAGCACGCCGACGUGGUGGCGGAGCUCUUUGGGCGCGUCUCCUCCGACCUCCGCUCCGGAUUCCGCCCCGCCCUCGACUCCUUCCUCGGCUUCUUCCACGCCGUCGACUGGAAGGAACCUUGGUUGAUCAGCAUGUUAAUUUUUCAUGCCAUUCUGCUGCUGGUAACAAUCAUCUCAAGGAGAAAUGUCAACUUCCAACUUAUCUUGUCAGCUUUAACAUUUUCUGGUGUAUUUCUCGCUGAGAGAAUAAAUACAUUCUUAGGGCAACACUGGAAGAGCUUCUCAAGCCAGAAUUAUUUUGAUCCCCAAGGUCUGUUCAUUUCAGUUGUCUGGUCUGGGCCCCUCCUUUUGAUAACGAUCCUUAUUUUGGUGAACACUCUUGUCACACUCUGCCUGCUGAUGGUAAGAUGGAAAAGGGCGGAGCUUAGGCACCGUGCUCGUGAGGUUCGUAACAAGCAGGAUUGAUCUUAAGCUACCUGAAAAGCUGAAACUACGCUGUUUGGUGGCCAGCAGACAAGUUGCUUCCCUUGGACUGUUGAUCUAACCGAAGGAAUUUUUUUGUGUGAACUUACCAUGUGUAGACAUGUAGCAGUCGUUCACAAAAACAGUGUUUAUUUAGGGAUCAUUUCACAUUUGAAGAAAUCAUGGCCAGAGGCCCAGAGCUUGACUCUUUUGCCUGUAGCUUGUGUAUUCCCACGCAUUCUUGUUUUUCAUGCGAAGGCAGGAGUCGAGUUACUGUAUUUGCUGAAAUAUGUGUAAUAGGGCAAAUCCUUUUUCCAUUGAGAAUCUGGCUCCAUGAAUGACAGGGUAUUUUGCAAUUGUAAUACUUAUUCAAUAACUCAUUUUGAUUUAACA